UGUUUUGUAGCCGAGUAGCCGAGGGCUGUGGACGGGAGGGGAGGGGAAGGGAGCCGAGGACACGGCUGCAGUGAGCGGCCUCGCCGCCCAGCGACGCCACAGGCCGGGCCAUGGCGGUGCGGAGCAGGCAGCGGGCGGGAGGCAGGAGGCCGCCGGCGGACGGGGGCCCCGGGGCGGCCGGAGACAGCAGCCGGGCGCCGCGGGAGGAGAGCGGGGCGGAGGACAAGAGUCAGGAGAGCAGGAACGGGCAGUCAGUGAAGGUGUGGGCACCUGAGGGAUCAACGGCCUUCAAGUGCCUCAUCUCGGCACGGUUCUGCGCCGCAUUACUCAGCAACCUCUCCGACUGCGAUGAAACCUUCAACUACUGGGAGCCCAUUCAUUUUCUGUUGUAUGGAACGGGAUUCCAGACUUGGGAAUAUUCUCCGGUGUACGCUAUUCGUUCUUACGCUUACCUAUGGCUCCACGUUUUACCUGCCUGGUUCCAUGCCAAAAUCUUGCAAACCAACAAGGUACUUGUCUUCUAUUUCUUGCGAUGUCUCUUAGCCUUCUUCUGCUGUGUUUGUGAGCUGUACUUUUACAAAGCCGUUUGCAAGAAGUUUGGUCUCCACGUGGGGCGACUGAUGUUGGCGUUCUUGGUUUUGAGUACAGGAAUGUUCUGCUCCGCUGCGGCCUUGCUUCCCAGCAGCUUCUGCAUGUACACCACACUGAUCGCCAUGACGGGCUGGUUCACGGAGCGAGACGCGGUGGCGGUGCUGGGCGUGGCGGCCGGAGCCAUCGUCGGAUGGCCCUUCAGCGCCGUCCUCGGGCUGCCGAUAGCAUUUGACCUGCUGAUACUGAAGAGGAAGCUGCAGAGUUUUAUUACCUGGGCAGUUGUGGCGCUCCUGGUUUUCCUGCUCCCUCUGGUGGCGGUGGACAGCUACUACUACGGACGACUGGUGGUGGCUCCGCUGGGCAUCAUUGUCUACAAUGUCUUCACCCCCCACGGGCCCGAUAUCUACGGGACUGAACCCUGGCCGUUUUACUUCAUCAAUGGCUGCCUGAAUUUCAACGUGGUGUUUGUGUUGGCGCUCUGUGCCCUGCCCUUAACCACCCUCAUGGAAUUCCUGCUGCAAAAAUUUAAUGUGCACAACCUUGGCCGUCCGUACUGGCUGACCCUCUCGCCCAUGUACAUCUGGAUCCUCAUCUUCUUCACUCGGCCACACAAGGAAGAACGUUUCCUCUUCCCCAUCUACCCGCUCGUCUGCCUCUGUGGGGCCGUGGCUCUCUCUGCGUUGCAGAAAUCUUAUCAUUUCCUGUUCCAACGAUAUCGGCCGGAUCACUACACUGUCUCCUCCAACUGGCUGGCUUUGGGCACAGUCACCCUGUUUGGAUUCCUGUCUCUCUCUCGCUCAGUGGCUUUGUUCAGAGGUUACCAUGCUCCACUCGACCUGUACCCAGAGUUCCACCGGAUAGCGACUGACCCGACCAUUCACACGGUACCCGAGGGGAGGCCAAUCAACGUCUGCGUUGGAAAGGAGUGGUAUCGUUUCCCCAGUAGCUUCCUCCUCCCCGACAAUUGGCAGCUCCAGUUCAUCACUUCAGAGUUUCGAGGGCAGCUCCCCAAGCCCUUUGCCAAAGGACACAAAGCAACUCAAACCUUGCCUACAGAUAUGAACGACCAAAACCGCGAGGAGCCAUCACGAUAUGUGGACAUCAGGCAGUGCCAUUACCUGGUCGACCUCGACACGGAAUCCGAGACUGAGCGGGAGCCCAGGUACGCCGCAAAUAAAGACGACUGGAUGGUGGUAGCCUACAAACCAUUCCUAGAUGCCACAAGAUCGUCAAAGGUACUCCGUGCUUUCUACAUCCCCUUCCUAUCCGAGCGGUACACGAGGUACGCAAACUACACCAUCCUCAAACCCAAGCGGCCGAAGGCAGCGCGGAGGAAGGUGCGGCGUUAGGACAAUACAGCUGGAAACAAGAGGAAGGGAGGACAUUCGACCAGAGACAAAGACAUCGGUGUCCUUUUGACUUGUCUGUGCUCUGUAUCAUCCCAGUCAACUCAUUGAUGUUUACAUUUCCUGCUGCUCCUGUAUUACUGUGUCCACUGUGCAGACUGACCUUUUCCACCUGUUUGCUGAGGGUUGUUGGCAGUGGGGCAAAUCUCUGACCUGCCCACCACACCUCACCAACAUUGAAAGUGCAUUCCACAAACCAAAUAUUAAAAUGUGUCUGUCCACUCACCCUCACUGCAGCUUAAAUAUCUUCCUCUCUCACCUGUCUUUGCAUCUCUGGCAUUUGGCCAACAAUCUGCCUAUCAACCCCCCCCCACCCCCUCCCAUACUCCACCAAUAUCCUGCCCCACCUCUUUUCCAGCUUUCUUUCCCCCCUGCAAUCAAUCCGAGCAAGGGUCCUAAACGGAAACUUCACCUAUCCUUGUUCUGCUGAGAGACUGCCUGACCCCCCGAGUUACUCCAGCACCUUGUGUCUGAAGAGGGGUCCCGACCUGAAAUGCAACCUAUCACAUUGAAUGGCGGUGCUGGCUCGAAGGGCCAAAUGGCCUACUCCUGCACCUAUUGUCUAUUGUCUAUCUAUGUUCUGCAGAGAUACAGCUUGACCCGCUGAGUACUCCGGACUUUAGUCCUUCUUUGGAAUAAACCAGCAUCUGCUGUUCCUUGUUAUCACAUUCUUCUCUCCCCUUCCCAGACUAAUGAGGAUGUCAUCCACCUGAAACCCUCCUAUACCCACAGAUGCUGCCUGACCUGAUGGCUAUUUCCAGCAUUUUCCGCUUUCAUUCCAGCUUUCCUCUGGUUUGUGUCUGUGUGUCUGUUGUUGUGCUGUUGACGUUUCCCUCUGCAGCAGCAGCAGCAGCAGCCCUCCCUGAAUCCCACCACACGUUGCUCACGUCAACGCCUGCAAGAUGCUCUCACCUGCACAAGGUUCCUCUUUAACCAUGUGACCACAGUUCCUUUACAGCCCAACCAUUGAAAACAAAAUCUAAUGUGAAUAAAAUGAUUUUGCACCCUGC